GAAUUCGGAUGUUGGUUACUUUCCCAUCUUGACAUCGCCCUCCUUACCCACGUCCUUCUUCGUCCCACAGGCUCCCUCAACUCCGGCCUGGAGGAUCGACCUGCUCAGCCCUGUCACCUGUCAGACAACCUCAAGCCGACACGCCGACAACAUGACCGCCCUUUGUCGUUCCUAGCGACGACACAACUGUGCACCGUCCAGCCGCACUCCUUCGGGCACUCGCACGCGACCGCCUUCUUAUCCAAGCCCUACCUGGGUACCUACCUAUAUCCGCCUCGGUCCCGUCAACCUCCAACCUCCAACCUCCAACCUGACCCUGAUCCGUCCUGGUCACUGCUGCGAUACUCGGGCCCCUUCUCGAACAUGCCGGUUGCCCGUGCACAAUAACGGCGAUCCUCUGUAUUUUCUCGACCUGCCCCUACCACCGACACCACCACCAUGCUGCUGCUCCACCAGACCGGUAGCCUGAAGAUCGGGGAGACGGUCCGAUAUACAGUCACAUACACGCCGUCACAAGAUCGUAUCCUCCCCUCGCCUGAGUGUCUAUACCUGCGCAUAAAAAACAGUUCCGCCAUCGCCCUCCGCGCUGCAUUCGUACACGGACCCUACAACCUCUCCGCCGCCGCCUAUCCCGCCACCUUCAACCCCAACGAGAAGUUCGAGGAUGCGCGCCUCUACGGGGUUCCAGAGUUCGAGCCCAUGCUCAAGGCCGGCGGAACCUGGACAUGUCAUUUGGUAGUCCCCGAGACAAUCAGGCAGACUGCCGGCACCGGGGGUUCAGGUCAUUUCGGCAAUGGCCCCGAACACGAUGGGGAGAGCGUCUCAUGGAUCAUCGAGGUGGCGUCACAGGUCAUCUUUUCGGCUUCUGCUGCCGUCCACUACGACGUGCUGCUCGCGCGGGAUGAGAAGUCUUUGACAUUAAACUCUGGCAUUCCUGUUGUAGGAAAUCAUGCUCAAGUUCCUCAACCGGGGCGGGUCAGCGACUUCCAGCAGGGCAAGGGCGCCAAGGACGGUCGCCACAAUGCGCAAAGCAAAGGCGUAUUUUCCAGGGCAAUACAUCUGAAGGUUGAAGACACCGCCAGCCUCUGGAAUACACCCGAGUUGCCGGGCGCUGAGCAGUUACCGCAGCCGCUUGAUGCUACCAAGGGCACUGGCUCUGAGGCGACCCAGACAGCUCAGGCUGGUGACGAGCAUACUGAAAAAGAUCGGAAACCAGCAAAGAAGAAACACGUGCACUUGGUUAUGCUCACACACGGUCUCCACAGCAAUCUGGGCUCCGAUAUGCUGUUUCUCAAGGAGAGCAUCGAUGCCGGUGUCAAGCAGGCGAAAAUCGAUGCCAAGCAGAGACGAGCCAAGGAGAGACAAGAUCAGUCCCGAAAGGCCAAGGAGUCAGGAUUCGAAGAACAUACCGACUCGGGUGUGAUGCUGGACGAUCCCUAUGAUGAAGUUCCAGAGGACGAGGAGACCAUCGUUCGUGGCUUCUCCGGCAAUGCCACCCGCACGGAGAGGGGGAUCAAAUACCUGGGCAAAAGACUCGCCCGAUAUGUCUUGUCCAUCACCUACCCCGACCAACCUUUCCUACCGUCAGGUAAGGCAGCUCAAGAGGUCCUCUCGCAUAGCUUUAAAGGAGACACGAAUUCGCAAAAGGACGCUGAAGGGAAGCCGACCCACAAGCAUAGCUCCAUCCACAAGAAUGCAGCAGGCUUCCAAGACAGGGGCUUCACAAUCACUAAAAUCAGCUUCAUCGGACACUCGCUGGGUGGCUUGGUCCAGACAUACGCCGUGGCUUACAUCCAGAAGCACUCGCCACAGUUCUUUGACCUUAUUAAACCCAUCAAUUUUAUUGCACUGGCAUCCCCGUUCUUGGGUCUCAACCACGAGAACCCAAUGUACGUCAAGUUCGCACUGGAUUUCGGGCUCGUUGGCAGGACAGGACAGGAUCUUGGAUUGACCUGGAGGGCCCCGACCAUUGCGAGGAACGGCUGGGGCGCAAUUGUGAGCAAUCUGGGCGAGAAUGCUCACAAGAAGGUCAUGGGAGAGUCUCAGUCCGAGUCGAAACCGCUGCUCCGCAUACUGCCCACAGGUCCAGCGCACAUAGCUCUGAAGAAGUUUCGAAACAGGACUGUGUACUCCAACGUCGUCAACGACGGGAUCGUCCCGCUCCGAACUAGCUGUUUGCUGUUCCUGGACUGGCAGGGACUGGGCCGCGUGGAGAAGGCACGGCGGGAAGCCGGUCUCGUCGAGACCGUUGUUGGAUUUGGCUGGGCUGAGCUCACCGGCGCAAACGUUACGUCGCCUCGCAGUGGUCCCUGGACACCCAGGGAAGGCAGCGAUAAUGACAGCCCUGCCUCAGGAGCGGUCACUCCUGUGGGCCACGGCGAUUCUCACGAGGUGCCUCAACCUCCAAAUGAUGCCAUGAUGGAGGACGACAGGCAAAGUCUGAGGACCGUCACCACGCCGUACCAGGACGAAGGACAUCCGUCAUCCACGGCAGUCACUAACAACACAAAUCCGUUCUCCGGGUUUUUCUCCUUAUUCAAGAACAACAAUGAGCCUGGUAAACCGCCAGCGUCGCCAACCACGAAACAGAAGAGAAUUUACCAACGCAGCCAGACUCUACGCCUCGACGAGAAUGCUUCAGAAUCCUCGCAGUCCUCUCAAAAGUCCAAGGUGACGUCUGGUCACGAAUUGGGUGCAGAUGGAGAGAAUGACCUUUCGGCACCACCGAAAACGACAUUCUUCGAGUCCGCAGGAGAUCUCCUUAACCCAAAGCUACCCUCUGUAGACUACAUCAUCGAUCCUUCCACGAGGCCGAGAACCAUUUUUCACGAUCGAGUCUACCACCCAGAAGAUAUUCCCUCACCACCCUUAAAGAAGCGGCCCACUGGCACCUUGGCCCUGCGUAGGAAGUCAUUUAACACAGUGGCAUCUUCGUCGAGCCGCAAUUCUCAGUCGGCAACCUCUUCGGUGCAUCAGCCUCCUGCACAUCAAGACUCAUUAUCCUCAACCAAGGAUUACGACGACACGGAAAAUACGAACCCGGACAAGGACCCAUCCGAGGUUAUCGACAGCGCAAACAUGAAAGUAGAGGAGAAGAUAGCUCGCGCUUACCACCGCAACCUCUCUUGGCGGAAGGUCUUGGUUAAGCUGGAACCAGAUGCUCACAACAACAUCAUCUGUCGCCGCAUGUUCGCCAACGCAUUCGGCUGGCCUGUGGUCAAACACCUCGUCGACGCCCACUUCAGCGAUUCGUGCGCGGCCCGUUUGCGUGACGAAGAUGAGAAGAAUACUGAGCGAGCCAAAGCGGCCAGCCAGCCUCCAGCUGAAGACGGCGGCGAGACGAGGUCGGAGCCUGGGCCGACAGAAGAGGCUAUGCGUCCAGCCUCUAGCAGUAAAGAUCAAGGAACCUCACAGAAGGCUUCGGAACACGGCGGACACAAUCGGACGAUGAGCGAGAAUCUCGAGGCGCAGGAUAGAGUCCUGGACCUGCCGAGCAGCUCUGUGGACCAUUCCCCGCCGAGAAUGCAUCCUGUCCGUGAGAGAGUCGACUCUGUGGAUUGGAGCGACAGGGACUGGGCAGACUCGGAAAGCGAGAUGGACGACACGCACUCCGGCGGCAGCCAAAAGAAAGACCAGGGCCAGGCAAGCAAGACGACACCUCAUGAGCGCACUUCUAGCCCCAUCAGUGGGUUCUGGACGGAGAAAAUAGUCGGGAAAGGCGCGACAAAGAGAAGGAGCAAUUCGCCAAGUACGCAUACGCAGGUCCCAGAGGGCCUGAUCGUGGCGGAGCCUUCGAUGGUGGUCUCCGGCAGCGCGGGUUCCACCGGUGCCCCGGCUCCCCCGGCUGCCCCGGUUGCCCCGAGUGAUCCGGUUACAGCAACACCGAAGCCGGAUGACGUAGAUUGAUACGAUUCAUGGGCAUGGCAGAGAGUUAGAGGGACAAGGCCAGCCUGCAUAGCAUUAUUCGGGAAAGGCAAGGCAACAGCGGUUGCGAUGGACAUCAGAACUUAGCACCAUUAAUACAUCAAGAAACGCGUACUCGCAACCCACAGGACCGCACCUCGCACGGCGCCGAGCAAGAGAUCCUGUCUGAUUCAUCCUAGAUUCAUUACGGCCGGUGCUCCCCGGAAUCUGUGCUGUGUUUGGCGAUCUGCUUCCGCUGGCAGCUGGCCGCUGGCCGCCUGGAGAUUAGAUGGGCACUUUGCAAUGAGACUGGGGAUGGUCGGCCCCCCAUGAAGGGCAGGCCCAGCCCCUCGGAUCCGAGGCUCGGAAAGUAUCAGCCGGUGUCUCGGUGUUGGCGCACGCAGCACAACGUAGCGAGCAGUGUCAGUGCUCCAUAUUUACCAACACUAUGGGAGUUUCAUUCCAAUCUUGGACCGUAAAUGCAACAAUUGCAGAGAUGCUGCCCAUAAAGACAAUUUGUGUAUCCUUCGUUGUGACCAAGUGGAAGCCGAGCCGCGAGAGGAUCGGCGCCGCGGCCGGAUCGGCGCCGAAAUGAGACUGAUCGGCGGUUGCACGGCGUUGAAGCCGACGGGCUGGCACUCUCUGGCUCGAAAUAGC